AUGCAAAACAAGAUACUUAACCUGAGGGACUUAACAAGAGAACCACCGGAGAAAACGACAGUAAACGAGCCCUUAUCCCGAGAGAUUCUAUUGGCUAGAUCGGCGGUGUAUUCUGCGAGUGCCACUGCCAGAUCCUCCUCAGUGUCGAACACUUGGACUUUCCCUUUGCUCUUCGGAGUCACGAUCUCAGCCAUAGAUGCUUUCGUUCUUCUGUUCGAGACCUUCGAUUUUAGUCGAAGGGAGCUAAAAUCCUGUUUAACGGCGAAGAUCAGAGAAAUGUUCGCCGGUGGUGAUCGAGUGAAAGAGGGAUAUGAGAGAAGGCGCAGGUUAGCGGAGGCAGCUCGGCAGGUGGAGAUGGCCAUUCACAAGAUUUAG